GUUGAGGGGGUGGGGCCUCGGGGGCUGUGGAUAGGGAGCGGGUGGCGGAGGCGGCCGGGAGCGGAGCCCGGAGCGCCGGGAAAAGCAUUGAACACUUUCCCAUGAUGCUGACAGCUUUUUAAGUAUAUUUGUCAAUUUUCCCAAAUUUUAACUGAAGAAAUCCACAAGAGUUUAUAUUCGAGGACUAAAGUGUGACUCUACCAAUUACCAGGCUUUCAGGAUGAAUCUGGAAAAACUCAGCAAGCCUGAACUCCUGACACUAUUCAGUAUUCUUGAAGGAGAGCUUGAAGCAAGGGACCUUGUUAUAGAAGCUUUAAAGGCUCAGCACAGAGAUACUUUCAUUGAAGAACGUUAUGGAAAAUAUAAUAUCAGUGACCCCUUAAUGGCUCUACAGAGAGACUUUGAAACUCUCAGGGAGAAAAAUGAUGGUGAGAAGCAGCCCGUCUGCACAAACCCACUCUCUGUUCUUAAGGUGGUGAUGAAGCAGUGCAAGAACAUGCAGGAGCGCAUGCUGUCCCAGCUGGCUGCUGCCGAGAGCAGGCACCGGAAGGUAAUCCUAGACCUUGAGGAAGAAAGGCAAAGGCAUGCACAGGACACAGCUGAAGGAGACGAUGUCACCUACAUGCUGGAGAAGGAGAGAGAGCGGCUGACUCAACAGUUGGAAUUUGAAAAGUCACAAGUGAAAAAAUUUGAAAAAGAGCAGAAGAAGCUGUCCAGCCAGCUGGAAGAGGAGCGCUCCCGCCACAAGCAGCUGUCCUCCAUGCUGGCACUCGAGUGCAAAAAGGCCACCAGCAAAGCAGCCGAGGAGGGGCAGAAGGCAGGAGAGCUGAGCCUGAAACUGGAGAAGGAAAAGAGCCGGGUGAGUAAACUGGAGGAAGAGCUGGCAGCCGAGAGGAAGCGAGGCUUGCAAACUGAGGCCCAGGUGGAGAAGCAGUUGUCUGAGUUUGACAUUGAAAGGGAACAACUGAGAGCAAAACUGAACCGAGAAGAGAACCGGACCAAAACUCUGAAAGAAGAGAUGGAAAGUUUGAAGAAGAUAGUGAAGGAUCUAGAAGCUUCCUGCCAGCACAGCAGCCCUCAUGAGCAAUUGAAGCAACUGGUAACCAUGUCCAAAGGCACAGCAACUGAGCCUCCCAUGCUAGUGUCUGUAUUUUGCCAAACAGAGAGUUUUCAGGCAGAAAGAACCCACGGGAGCAACACAGGCAAGGGGACAAACACUGGGCUGCCUGGAUCCACCGCUCCUACUUUCACAUAUGCAAAAACCAAUGGCCAUUGUGACCCAGAGAUACAAACGACCAGGGAGUUGAUAGCAGGCAGCACUAUAGAAAACCAAGUGCCACUACGAGAGAAAUCUGUAGGAUUGACCCAAGAAAAAACAGUGGAGAAUGGUGGAUGUCCUGUGGGAAUCGAGUCUCCAGUCCCAAUGCCCAGUCACCUCCCUUCCAGUGGGAGCUCACUGUCUCCCAGCAGCACCGCCGCCUCCUCUCUAACAUCCUCUCCUUGCUCUUCACCAGUGCUAAGCAAGCGCUUAUUAGGGCCAGCAGCCAGCAGCCCUGGCUACCAGUCAUCCUACCAAGUAGGAAUCAACCAACGGUUCCAUGCAGCUCGACACAAAUUUCAGUCACAAGCAGAUCAGGACCAACAAGCAAGUGGCCUACAGAGCCCUCCAUCCAGGGAUCUGUCCCCCACCCUCAUGGACAACUCUGCCGCCAAGCAGCAGGCCCGAAACACAGUCACUCAGGUGCUCUCCAGAUUCACUAGCCAACAAGGGUCAAUCAAGCCUGUCUCUCCCAAUAGCUCCCCUUUUGGCACAGACUAUCGAAAUCUGGCCAACUCUGCCAACGCAAGAGGUGACACCAGCCAUUCACCUACUCCAGGGAAAGUAUCCAGUCCUCUGAGCCCCCUGUCUCCAGGGAUCAAGUCUCCUACCAUCCCUAGAGCUGAGAGAGGGAAUCCUCCACCCAUCCCACCCAAAAAACCUGGCCUCACCCCGUCUCCAUCCACUACCACUCCACUGACCAAAACACAUUCCCAGGCAUCCUCUUUGGCCACCACAGAGGACCUUGCCAGCAGCUGCUCUUCCAAUGCUGUUAUCGCCAAUGGCAAGGAUGCCGAGAUACUUUUGCCUACCAGCAGCUAGUCCCUAGGAGGGAGUCUCCAUAUAUGACAUUCCAUCUGAUUUCGUCUAAGAGCUCAGAGUCAAUCGGUUGAAUCAGAUCAUGUUAUUUAUUUUGAUAGUAGCUGAAAUUGUCUGUACAACACAUUUAGUGUAUUUUCACCUUUUUGUAUUUUUUUAAAUAGAAACUGAUUCGUUUGGAUUUUUAUGGCUCUAAUCUUUGUACUGAAGCUGGAAGGGCACCUCAAAGAUGUCUCAAGCUCAGCAGUCACCAUCAUGUUGUGAUGGAGAAAGCUAAUUGAGUACCAGGUGGUGAUUUGCUGUCUAUUUUGGGACUAGAAUCACUCAAUGCUCAUUUUGAAUUAGUUCAUGCAGAUUUUUAUCCCAGAUGAACAUGUUUAAAAAGUGCCUGAAAUAAGACUGCCACAUGAAUGUGAUUCUGCAGCAGAAACACAAAACGAAUCGUAAUUGCAGAAAAUGAGAUCCUCUGGGAAUUCUGAAUGUUAAAAAUCAACACUGCUCUUAAUCCUCUUUUACUGUUUUUAAUACGAGCUUUGUGUCCUAAAACAAGGCUGCACAAGUAGAACGGGAAUCCUUCUACAGGUGGGUGUGAACUCACCGCAGAGCUGAGCUUUACAGAGCCCUUGAGAAACCCUCCUGAGCAUUAAACAUUUGGGGUGCUGAUUUUCUUGGACUUCCGAAAAAUUAACUCCCAGUCUCCUGCAUAAAUCCUUGCAUAGAAUGAAAUCACAUCUCCAUUCAAAAAAUGUCUCCAAGCGUCUACUGUCAUGUAAGGAACUUGUGAUUCUGAUUGCUGUUACUUGAAUAGGAAACGGUUACUCAUUCUGUAUAAAGGGUUUGCAACAGUGAGUGCUUCUGUAAUCAAAAGAGCAAUAACUGAAAAUUCACUCGCUCUGUAAUAUACGUCAGAAUUAUACAGGUUUUACCAAAUUGUUACACUUAUUCUCCAAACUGCCAGCACUUGGUGUCUGUAUCUGUGGAACCAAAUUAAUUUUUACCUAGAUUGAAGUAUACGUAUAUCUGUAUAGAUACACACUCCUUUACGUGUUUAACAUACACGCACUUAAACACAUGAGUAUUAGUGUGAUGAUAUCUUUGGAGUUAUAGCCUAAAGGACAAGCAGAAAUGCACGUGAAGAUUACCUACCAAAGUAACCAGAUGUGGCUGGGACCUAGUCAAGGGAGGAAUCUUGUAAACAGGUUGGUUGUGAAAUCCCAGAUGAAAACCAGGUCUUCAGCAUCACAAAAGGGCAGAGCUGAACUAACCCCCGGGCCACACACUCAACUGGACAGGUCACAGAAAUGACAAACAGGUCACUCAAAUGGUGUAAGACAGCUGGGUGUAAUGGGAGCUAUAGCAAACUGCCGUGCUCAUGCCCCAUUUAAAAGACAGGCACUGUUCAGCUCCAGCUGCUUGUGGUAUACAAGUAGACCAGGGUUACCAGCUCUUCAAAUUUUUAUGAAAUCCAAAUUGUCAUGGGAAAUUUCUCUUUUUUAAAUGUCAAGAACUGAUUCAAAAAACUUUAAAUCACUGGUUAAACAAACACUUCUGUACCUGGAUUUAGGUCGCAGCCUGCCAAGUUGCAACCUCUUUCAUUUCUAGAAACUUCUGUCAUUUCCAUCAAAGGGAGGUUGUAUGGACAAAAGCCUCCAGAUUUUCCAACCGUGUAGGCUAAAACAGCUGACAGUCCAUAGAAUAUAACGACUGACCUUCCAAACAGGACUGUCUACAACCCAGCUUAGACAUGGUGUUAUCCACAGGGAUAGAGGGGCUCUGUUGUCCUCACAUAAGUCUCCUAGCCCUUUACCUCUUGUUCUAAAUUAAAUCUGUAUUCCCUCUUAAUCCAGUAAGACUUGAUGGAGGAAAGCCAUGGGACAGAAAUUGAUGUAUAAUUCACAGUGGAGUAUACUGGGGUAUAAAUUCAACUUACGGUUUCAUUUAAGACCAAAACAUCAAAAAGAAAAAUAAUAAAAAUGCUACUAGUGCCCCAAGGUGUUUACCAAAAUGAAGGGGGUGUCUUAAACUGUCCGUGGCAAUCAUGAAUUCAACUUUAUUCCCAUGCAUAGCCAAAAGGAACCAUGUUGGUGAGAAAAUAGCUGAACUUCCUAAACAGGAAAGGGGGCUACAGUCCCAGUGUGUUAUUACCUCUCUUGCUUUAAAUGGUAAUCUUAAAAGUUGCAUUGUGCUCUUCCUUUGUUUUGGCAUAAAUAUAUAUAUAUAGAAAGAGAUACUAUAAGGAAGUUUAUUUCUUAGGAAGUGCACUGAAUAAUGUAUUUCUUUUACAGUGUAAUAUGGGGGUGGGGAAAUGCAAAAGAAAUGUGUAUUUUUGCUAGUUGCCUAUCUUCUGAGAUAAAUAAGCACAAUAUUGAAAUGGAUCCAGCUAAUCCAGUUAGAUAUUAUAGAUUAGUAUUUAAGUUUGCUGUAGAUUGUGUGUGCUAAGUAAAAGUUUCAUGAUUCACAUUUUGGUAUUAA